CUAUUGUCAAAGCUGUAUCAAUUUGACCCACUGACCAAACCGUUAUCAAACAUGGACGAAUAUCGGAUGCAGUUGAAAUCGUACAACCAAGCUUCAUUUACGCCCGGCACCAAGCAGGGCAAGACAAUUCUGUCCACAAAAAGGAAAACUGAUACAUUCUUGAGAAUAAUAAUUGAUGGGAAAGACGUAACUCCUAGGCCGCUGAAUCCAGACAUAUACAGCUGUGGAAAAGAAAGGCAGUUGAGCAUCUAUGAACAUGAGAGACCGGAAGUUAGACGAUCUACUAUUCAGUCUCUGACGGCCCAGAAAUCUUAUUCUAUAGUCAGGUUCAAAAGCGAACUAAGAGAAAGCACAAUAUUGGAAAGUUCGAUCCAACCAUUUCGAGGCAGUCUCCACAGUAGCACGCACCUCGCCAGUUUGACAGCUGUAGGAAGUUUGACAGAUAAAGAAGAAGCUCAUCCGAGUGCGUCUCACGGCGAGACCACAGAAGCUGGCGAAACUGGUGCUUUACCCGCGCAGAGAAAAGGUGCUGAAGAAGUCAUGAAGAAGCUGCCGGUAAGGGUCACUCUGACGCUUUGCGAGACCAACACGGUGUUCCUUCUUGAAAUACCGAGCGCCACAGCUGUCAGAGAUACUGACGAAGGAAAUCGGGUAGAAGCUGACAAUGAAGCUUACGAAUAUUUGACAGUAGGAAAAGGCAGAAACAGGAAAAUGUUACAUGCUGAAGUACAAACUAAGCCUAUUAUUGUGAAGACGCGUACUACGGAUUAUCAGAGAAACAAGACCAAGGCUGGUUCAUCAUACUGUUCAGUGUGGGAAAUGUACGACACUUACAAAGACCGCCAGGAUAGUGAGGAGGAAUCUGACGAUAGUAGCGCAGAGAGUGAAAUAGGAGAAGCGAUUGGUCAUAAGCUGAACGAGAUAUCCUCCUUGGACAGCUUCAGGUUAUCGACUGAAGAAAAGCAAUUACAUAAACUUAUGAAAAAUUCCAGGUUUUUAGAGGCGGUUUGCGUCAUCGAAAGACUACUAGCCAGUAAUUGUUUCCACGAAGAACAGAAAAUAUUCAGAUGCCUCACAGUAUCCGACGAUUUUAGGGAAAAAAUCGAAUACAACUAUAGACUCAAACAUCUCUGGACAUUCGCAAAUGAAUAUACCAAAGGCAAAAGCGUCAAUUCUCUAGAUUGGAACCCGAAAAAUAAAGACCUUCUAGCGGUAGGAUAUGGAAAGUUUUACUUUGCAGAUCAGGUGACUGGAUUAGUGCUAAUAUGGAGCAUAAAAAAUCCUGUUCAACCAGAAAGACAGUACAAUUUCACUCCACCUGUGACAGCAGUGAGUUUUUCGAAAGAAAACCCCAUGCUGUUAGCCGUAGGCUUCUAUGACGGAACUGUCAUUGUAUUAAACGUCGCCAGUAGGGAAAAGAUGAUCAUUGGAGAAAACGUGACUCCGUUUGAACCAUGCUGGAGCUUAUGUUGGAACUACGGACAGACGCAAGGCGAAGAAGAAGUGGUAUGUGCCACAUUUGACGAUGGCAAGAUUUGCGCUUACUCUAUCCAAAAGAAGCUGGAACCAUUCCAGUUGAUGCGAGUAGCAAAAGCUGAUGGAAAACUGAAAGGUUAUAAGGCUACUAAGAAAUGUACGAAUCUGGUUAUUCCUGUUACCAGGUACGAUGCCGCGUACUUCCUGAGAUACCACCCACUCCACACCAGCACCUACUUCGUCGGAACCAACCAAGGUGUCAUCCACAAAUGCUCAGUCAACUAUCUGAACCAACAUUUGGACUUAUUCCUGGCCCACGAAGGGCCCAUCAACGCUAUGAAAUUCUCGCCGUUCUGUCCCCAGAUUUUUGCCACAUGUGGCGAUGACUGGCACACCAGGUUAUGGGCAGAAGGGAUCUCGGACCCCAUGGUGGACAUGUUUGUGGCUAUGCACUCUGUGGAGGAUUUCGACUGGAGUCCAUCCCACUCGACAAUUUUCGUCACCACUCAAAGUAAGUUCAUCCAAAUCUGGGACAUACAAAGAAAGAUCUACGAUCCCCAAUCUAUCACAGAGUCUCCAAGCAAGGCGAGAUGCACUAAGGUACAGUUCACGGACAACGGAAACUGCCUGAUAGUUGGAGAUGUGGAUGGAAACGUUCAUGUGUUCUCUGUGGAAGAUCUACCUUUUCAGGCGUUCUUUCAAGAGAAUCUACUUUUUGAAUCGAUGAGUCGAGCGCUGUCUACGAAUGUGAAUUUGAUGAAGAAACUUCGUAAGUUAAGGAGAAAACAGACCAAAGCGUAGAAUAUAUGUAAUGUACUUAUAGUAAAAGUAAAAUUAUAUGCUAUACUG